UCCAAAACCCUAGAAGUGGUGCUUAAACCUCCCUCCCACCUCUCUCUCUCGCUCUCUAGACUUGUUCACUUCCGUCAACAAUGUCUUCCAAGGGACUGAAAUCGACCAAGAGGAAAGAUAACGAAAGCUCUGAGAAACCCGAUGCUCUCAAAUCGAAGAAGCCGAAGCUGUCUCCCUCUAAUCCCACCGACAAGAAACACAACCCUACGAUUCAGAACCAAAAGCCUGUAGGAGGACAACAUGGUAAACCGAAAGCUUUUGGAAACAACGACAAGAGUGUUACCCUCUCCAAGAAGGAGCGUCGCGUACAAGCUAAGGAGCUGACAGAAGCAAGGAAGAAGAGGAGGAAGCCUCAUUACACUCUCGAGCAAGAGCUUGCUACCCUGUGGGAGAAGAUGAGGCGCCGUGAUAUUGGCAAGGAGGACCGUUUAAAGCUGAUAUCUGAAGCUUUACAGAAGAUGAAGGGGAAAAUGCACGAGAUUGCAGGUUCUCAUGUCUCUUCCCGUGUUCUCCAGACUUGUUUGAAGUAUUGCUCGCAAGAUGAGAAGGAAGUUGUUUUCAAAGAGCUUCAUCCGCAUUUUCUUAGCCUGGCUUCUAACACAUACGCUGUUCAUGUGUUGCAGAAGAUGUUGGAUGGAGCAUCUAAGCAGCAGCUGUCAUCCUGUAUAUCCAGCCUCCGCGGACACGUGGCCUCUCUCCUCCGUCACAUGGUCGGAUCUGUUGUUGUGGAUCAUGCAUACCAUCUGGGGAAUGCAGCACAGAAACAAGAACUCCUUGGAGAGUUAUACUCUACAGAGCUUCAGUUAUUCAAAGACUUGAACUCAACUUCCGAGAAAAGGGUGGUGGACAUUAUCGCAAAGCUAGGACUACAGAAAGGGUCUGUUAUCCGCCACAUGACUGCCAUUGUCCAACCAAUUCUUGAGAAAGGAAUUGUCGACCACAACAUCACACACAAGUUGCUGAUUGAGUACAUGACAGUAGCUGAUAAGACUUCUGCUGCAUUUGUGAUUCAGCAACUGUCAGGCCCGCUUCUUAUACGUAUGGUUCACACCCGUGAUGGUUCUAGGCUUGCUAUGCUUUGUGUCAAACAUGGAAGUGCUAAGGAGAGAAAGAAGCUUAUCAAAGCAAUGAAAACCGAGAAAGAAAGCCAUGUUGGAAGUAUUGCUUCUGAUCAGUAUGGAAGUAUGGUGCUUGCAUGUAUUUUCUCCAUAGUUGAUGACACAAAGCUAGUAACCAAGAUUAUUGUUCGUGAGCUGGAGGCCAACUUAAAGGAUCUUGUUAUGGGAAAGAAUGGUAGGAGACCACUAUUGCAGUUACUUCAUCCAAAUUCUUCACGUUAUUUCAGUCGUGAUGAUUUGGCCUCUCUUGAUCUGUCUGUUCCAUCACUGUGCUUAAUGGAUAAGUCUGAGACAUUGUCUGAGACAAAGGACUCAGAUGGCAAAGAAUCUGCUGAGGAGGAGAAAGACGAGCAAGAAGAUACUGUAACUGAACAGAGCGGUCUUGAAGAAAAUGUCACAAUUGCUGGCAGUAAAAAAGAUCCCCUUUUGAGAAGGCAGGAGUUGCUAGUCAAGAGUGGCCUUGCUGAGCGGCUUAUUGAUGUCUGUGUGGAGAACGCUGAGGAAUUCCUGAAGUCUAACUUUGCCAAAGAAGUCAUGUAUGAGGUGGCCGUGGGAGGGUGUGAUGGUAUUCUUUUGCCAACUUUGAGCGAGAAUCUGCGUGAGCUGUACCAAGCCAUUGCCUCUGUAGCAGCAGAGCCGAAACCCGAAGAAUCAGAAAAGAGUUCACAACACAUCCUGGAAGACUUUCACUCAAGCCGAACAAUUAGAAGGCUGGUCUUGGACAGCCCUACUUUUGCUUCCAUUCUUUUUAAGAAGGCCUUGUCUGGAAAGUGUCGGUCAUGGGCUCAAGGACACUGUUCAAGGAUAUUAUCUGCUUUCUUAGAGACUCAAGAUGUUCAAGUGCGUGAGAUGGCUAAGGAAGAGCUGCAAGUGUUGGUGGACGAAGGUGCUCUAAAGAUCACAGGAACCAAGAAACCCGAAUGAUGCACAGCCAGUACUGCUGAAUCACUUGGUGGUUUGUGUUUCAGUCUUUUCAAACAGGUUUCUACUAGGUUUCAGAGAAUCUGGGAUUAUGUCAAAGUUUUGUUUUUUUCUUCCUUCUAUGGUUUAUUACUUUAAUGCAGCUUCAAAUCCCACCUUUACAAUGUACUCAACUCGAUCUUUAGUUGCAUAUGUUUUAAUUAAUAUCACAAGUUUGUUGUUGAAGCUGAAAACA